AUGUCCGCCAAUUACACACCUCGUUCUAGAGCUGCGCUUCCCUCACGAAAUACUCCCAACCAGCAACCUCGAAGCAGCAGAUCAGCCCGCCUCUCUGAUGCCCAUGGAGGAAGCAGUCGGAGACAGGACCAAUCCACCCGCGGCACCCUUCUCCAGCCACCCCCUUACCAGCCCCAAGUCGCACCCUUCAAUGCCAGCGCGCUAUAUAAACUCAGCCAGCUGCCACGCUUUCCACGCCUGGCGGCAUUGCAGUCGCGACUCACUUCUGCCGCGCAGGCGCUGACGGAGUGUGCGGGGAUGAUCAAUGAUCGGCUCGUAGAUGCGAAGGCACGGCAGGCGAAGAGGGCGGGGAUGAAGAGGAAAGCUGCAGAUGUGGAGAAUGAGGAGGUAGCAGAGCGGGGUGAUGGGGAGGGUGACGAGGCCAGUAAUAAGCUUGUUGAUUUGGAGAAGCGCGUGAAGACGGUGACGGACCAGUUGGAGGAGAGGAUGCGCAAAAUUAUCGAUGCGGAGGUCCGAACCGUUUCGUUGACGGAUGGGUUGAUUCAGGUCCACCGGGAUGCGGCUAUGGUGGUACCUGCUGCGCCGCACGCGAAGCGGAGGAAGAUGAGAAGGAGGCCAGGGGAAGAGAAUGAGGAUGAUGAAGAUGAGGGUGAAAGUGAAGGUGAAGAGAAGCUAGCUGUUGAGGAGCCUCUCUACAUACGAAAUGGUGGAACGUGCAAAGUGCUACGGAAGGAACUGAAGGAGAAGAAGGCUCAAUGGAAAGGGACGUCGUUGACGGAUCGCUACACAACCAAUGACAAAUACAUUGGAUUUUACCGCAUAGUGCACGAAUCAAAGUAUCCUGGCGAUGAGAUCCCGCCUCUGCCGCACCCGUCCACUUGGUUCGCAGACGUUGAGCAGCCUACCACGGCUUCCCUUAGCGAAGUUACGACCACCAAUGCUACCGGCAGUACGAAUGGCGGAAACGCAGGAUCAACAGUAGACGACUCCGACGACCUAGCUAUCCAUAGCGAACGAGCCUCUCUCUGCUGUCCAAUAACCCUCCUCCCCUUCACAGAGCCUGUUAAAAGCAAGAAAUGCCCUCAUAGCUUUGAGCGGCGAGCGAUCGUCGCGAUGAUUGAGCGUAGUAAGAAACGUAUCGUUAUUCCUGCUAAUGGUACUAAUGGUGCUGGUCCGGCUGGCAAGCGUGUUGGAUGCGUGGACUGCCCUAUUUGCUCAGUGCCGAUUUCAAUGCAUGAUCUUGAAGUGGAUGUUGUUGCUGUGAGAAGACUGAGAAGAGCGGAGGAGAGGAGGCGUAUGGAGGAAGAGGAGGAAGGCGGUGAGGAUAGGGAGGAGGAGGAUGUUUAUGGCGAUGAUGAUGGGGUGGGGAUUGCUCUGGGCAGCGUGGGGAGGAUGGGGAAAGGCAAGGCCAAGGGGAGAGCGGAGGUGAAGGCUGAGAGGGAACAAGGGACGCAGCGGGAGGGAUCGAGAGAGCUCAGCGUAGUGCCGGAUACACAGAUGGUGGAUCUUGCUUGA